UCAUCAGUGUGCACAUACAAAUCAAUUCCUCUUCAAUGGAAAUGGUGUGAUUUCCUACUAGACAUGUACACCCAUGAGCCUACAACCGAUUUGAGAGUCCUUUCAUCAUUACAGUCAGUUUUCCAGUCUGGUCCUGCAGUCUGGUUCAUAAACCUCUCAAAGAUAAAGGCCUCCAUCCUCCUGGAAGUGCUGAAACUCCAAUCAGAGAAGAAACAAGUGAAGCUGACAGGCUGGUCAGAUGAAGAGAGUGAAGUGAGGAGUUUCCUGCAGUGUCUGCCUUAUAUCUCACAGCUCAGUGUCGUUCCGCUGUGGUCAGAUCCUCAUGAACAAACCAGGUUCUUGGUAAAUCUGUUCUGUGCAGCAGCAGAGAGAGAACAGCAGACAGGAGAGAAGAUACUGGACCUGUUAUCAUCAAUCUGCUGCUAUGAAACAUUCCCUUAUGAUAACGGAUCCAUGGAUGAUGAAUAUCACUGUGAUUUCCUGCUGGAUCUGUUCUCCCAUGUCAAGGACUGUGAGACUAAAACAGGUUUAAGUGUCCUUCCAUCAUUACAGUCAGUUUUCCAGUCAGAUCCUGAACUCUGGUUUAUAAAUCUCUCAAAGAGAAAGACCUCCAUCCUCCUGGAGGUACUGAAACUCCAAUCAGAGAAGAAAAAAGUGAAGCUGACAGGCUGGUCUCAUGAAGAGAGUGAAGUGAGGAGUUUCCUGCAGUGUCUGCCUUAUAUCUCACAGCUCAGUUUUGUUCCUCUGAAAUCAGAUCUUGAUGAACAAACCAGAUUCUUGGGGAGACUGUUCUGUGCAGCAGCAGAGAAAGAAACGCAGACAGGAGAGAAGAUUCUGGAGCUGUUAUCAUCAGUGUGCACAUACAAAACAUUUCCUUUUAAUAACAAAUACAUAAAUAAGGAUCUGCAAUAUCAGAGUGAUUUCCUGCUGGAUCUGUUCUCCCAUAUGAAGGACUGUGAGGCUGAAACAAGAUUGAGUGUCCUUCCAUCAUUACAGUCAGUUUUCCAGUCAGCUCCUUCAGUCUGGUUCAUAAACCUCUCAGAGAGAAAGACCUCCAUCCUCUUGGAAGUGCUGAAACUUCAAUCAGAGAAGAAGAAAAAAGUCAAACUGACAGGCAGCUCAGAAGAAGAGAGUGAAAUGAGGAGUUUUCUGCAGUGUCUGCCUUAUAUCUCACAUUUAAGACUGAGUGAAGAUUAUCUUCAGCAGCUGCUCGUCCUCCUCCAUGACAUCCAGGACCAGGACUUGACACUGUCCUUGUUGAGUAAGGUUGCUGGAGACCUGACGUCCUGCUGCCUGAACUGGGAGCUUCUUCACUAUCUGCUGCAGCUGUCGUCAGCUCAGACCAUCACUGUGAACUUGAGGAAGAACCACUUCUUACAGGAGAGCGCCGCUCGUCUGCUUCCCUUUCUGGGCCGGAUUGUAUUUAAAAGGCCCAGUCCCAGCUUCAUGAUGGCCUCCAUCAGAGAGCUCUAUAGAGCUCAUGCCAGUCACAUGGUCCCCAGUUUGCUGAGGUCAUUGGAUCAUGUGAUCAACCUGAGCUGCAGAGAGCUGGACUCAGUGGACUUUGCUGCUCUGCUCUUCACCCUCAGACACAGUGACGGAGUUAAACUGAACCUCUUGUGGACCUUCAUACCAACGGAGGGUAUACAGUCCCUCCUCUUUACACUGGACAAAGUUUCUCAGCUCAGGUCAGAUAUUAGAGCUUGUUUCCACCAGUAUCAGUGUUGUCCAACACAGGACAGGAUUCAGCUGUCCUCUGCCCCAGUAUUGAUGCACCACUGAUGAUUAGGUCUUCACUUAUUUCAUUAUAAAGCAGUUUCUAAUAAUCCAACUGUUUUUAUUUCAGCAGUGGCUGCAGUACUUUGCUUACAUGUUAAAAUCUCACUUUGGUCGUUGAUGAAACCCUUAAAAACUCAUCUCUCUGUGUCAGAAUUACAUAUUCCAAGUGUUCUCUAUGAAAAUAGUUCAUGCCUAAAAAUGGCUUAGAUGUAACUCUGUACUCUAUGUUUGGCCUUUGACGGCUUAUAUCGCUUCUGAUAUCUCUUCUCGCAUUAAAAAAUUAGAUGUGAACAUGUUAUGUAGGAAAAAAAUAUAUAUUUUGACCAGAGGGGGUAAACAGUAGAUAAACUGUUUAAUUUAGAUGUGU